GAGAGUCGGAUGGGUAAAGCUGGAGAGAAGUCUCUAUGUACUAAGUAACUGUGUAGCGAUGGCUCACGUAAAGUCACUGUCUCCGUGUUUUGCUUUUACUUUUUUGCGCAAGUGUCUCUGAUUGACGUUGCCCAAACAAAAGAUGGCUACACAGACGCUGGAUGCUACCACAGAGUCUUGGGCCUAGAGAAGCCCGGGAGUGUGUGCUGUGAGCUGGGAAACACCCGCCCGGUCCAGCUCUGUGAAGGAAGUUCGGGGUGGGGCUAGCUGUCUGCAGUUCCUGCGGCUACGCGAAGAUGGUGGAGGAGGAGAGCAUCCGCGUGGUUCACUGUGGCGGUAGUGAGCUGAACUUUAGAAGAGCGGUGUUCUCUGCGGAUUCUAAGUAUAUCUUCUGUGUCUCUGGGGAUUUUGUUAAAGUCUAUAGCACUGCUACAGAAGAGUGUGUGCACAUACUGCAUGGGCACAGAAAUCUAGUGACUGGAAUCCAGCUUAACCCCAACAAUCCUCUGCAGCUAUAUUCUUGUUCCUUUGAUGGUACAAUUAAACUGUGGGACUAUCUAGAUGGCAUUUUGAUAAAGACUUUCAUUGUUGGACAUAAACUUCAUGCCCUCUUUACUCUUGCCCAUGCUGAAGAUUCUGUCUUUGUUAUAACAAAUAAAGAAAAACCAGAUGUAUUUCAGCUGGUUUCAGUGAAACUGCCAAAAUCAUCAAGCCAGGAAAUAGAAGCCAAGGAGCUGUCUUUUGUUUUGGAUUACAUAAACCAGUCACCAAAGUGCAUUGCCUUUGGAAAUGAGGGAGAAUAUGUCGCUGCAGUACGAGACUUUUAUUUAUCUGUUUAUUUUUUCAAAAAGAAAACAACAUCAAGGUUUACUCUGUCAUCAUCAAGAAAUAAAAAACAUUCUAAGAACAACUUUACAUGUGUAGCCUGCCACCCAAAGGAGGACUGCAUCGCAUCUGGUCACAUGGAUGGCAAAAUUCGCCUUUGGAGAAAUUUUGAUGAUGACAAGAAAUACACGUACACUUGCUUACAUUGGCACCAUGAUAUGGUUAUGGAUUUGGCUUUUUCAGUGACAGGCACCAGCCUGCUGAGCGGUGGACGAGAGUGUGUGCUUGUUGAAUGGCGCGAUGCAGCAGAGAAGAACAAAGAGUUUCUCCCUCGUCUAGGAUCUACUAUAGAACAUAUCUCUGUCUCACCUGCAGGAGAUUUGUUCUGUACUUCUCACUCUGAUAACAAGAUAAUAGUCAUUCACCGAAACCUUGAUGCAUCUGCAGUAAUUCAAGGCCUGGUAAAAGAUAGGAGUAUCUUUACUGGUUUGAUGAUUGACCCAAGAACUAAAGCUUUAGUUUUGAAUGGAAAACCUGGUCACCUGCAGUUUUAUUCUCUCCAGAGUGAUAAGCAAUUAUACAAUUUAGAUAUUAUACAGCAAGAAUAUAUCAAUGAUGAUGGUCUGAUCCAAAUUGAACUAACAAAGGCUGCAUUUGGCUGCUAUGGUAACUGGCUUGCAACAGUGGAACAACGGCAAGAAAAGGAAACUGAGCUUGAAUUGCAAAUGAAACUGUGGAUGUAUAAUAAAAAAACACAAGGGUUUGUUCUUAACACAAAGAUUAGCAUGCCACAUGAUGACCACAUCACGGCUCUCUGCUUCUGUAAUGCAGAAAAAUCUGAAAUCCCCACCUUGGUUACAGCUAGCAAAGAUGGUUACUUCAAAGUGUGGAUAUUAACAGAUGAUUCUGAUAUAUACAAGAAAGCUGUUGGCUGGACCUGUGACUUUGUUGGUAGCUAUCACAAGUAUCAAGCAACCAACUGUUGUUUUUCCGAAGAUGGCUCUUUACUAGCAGUUAGUUUUGAGGAAAUAGUUACCAUAUGGGACUCAGAAACAUGGGAACUUAAAUGUACGUUUUGCCAACGAGCUGGGAAGAUAAGGCACCUUUGCUUUGGAAAAUUCACAUGUUCAAAGUAUCUUCUUGGUGGGACUGAAGAUGGCAUUCUUUGCUGUUGGAAUCUGCUCAGUUGUACAUUGGAAUGGAGUACAAAAUUAAAUAUUAGAGUUAUGGAACCUGAUCCUUAUUCAGAGAAUUUUGCUGCAGUCUCUCAAUCUUCAGAGGGUUCAGACUUGUUUGUAUUUAAACCUAGUGAGCCAAGGCCAUUGUAUAUUCAAAAAAAUAUCUCCAGAGAGGAAGUCCAGUGGGGAGUGUUUGUUCCAAGAGAUGUCCCUGAGUUGUUCAGCUCAGAAGCUCACCAAUGGCUGAACAGAUCCCAGUUUUACUUUCUAACAAAGUCACAGAGCUUAUUGACAUUCAGUACAAAGUCUCCAGAAGAAAAACUCACACCAACAAGCAAACAGCUAUUAACAGAAGAAAGUCUUCCUACAACCCCAUUUUAUUUCAUAUUGGGAAAGCACAGGCAACAACAGGAUGAAAAAUUAAAUGAAACACUGGAGAAUGAAUUGGUACAACUUCCCUUAACCGAGAACAUACCUGCAGUUAAUGAGCUUCUUCACACUCCAGCUCAUGUACUGCCAUCUGCUUCUUUCCUGUGUUCCAUGUUUAUAAAUUCAUUAUUAUUAUCUAAAGAGACCAAAAGUGCUGAAGAAAUUCCUGAUGAUGUCGAUAUGGAAGAAGAAAAAGAAAGUGAUGAUUCAGAUGAAGAAAAUGAUUUUACAGAAAAGGCCCAGGUUACAAAUGACCCAGGUUUGGAAGAAGACAUUAUACAUCAGUUGUCAAAAUCUGAAGAGAAAGAACUGAGGAAAUUAAGGAAAGUGGACUACAGCUGGAUAGCUGCUCUUUAGGCCUGGG